GUUAACCCUCAGUCGUGUUCGAGUUGCGCUCUAAAACGUUUGCUCAUAUUCACCGUGUUGGAAGUUCGCAGUCGGCAGUUGUGAUCAAACAUUUUGUAUUACAGAUUACCAUUGAAUUUACCUUACACUCUUCCACGAGCGAGAGGAAUUAUCUGAGAUUUUAUUUCGUCGAGAUAAACUAAAAGUAAGGCUGCCAAAAUGAUGUCAAACCCAGGAAUGGAGUUGCAAGUAGAGGAGACCCCAUUGGCCCUGCGCCGUCUUUGGAACCUUACCCGCGCUCGUCUUGCUGGUACUUCUACUGCCCUAGAUGUUGAACCAGAACUGGUUGAGACGUUACCUUCGGCUCAGGAGCCCGAGGGUAAACCUAAAAGCUUUAUUUCAACUCCUAAUGAUUAUGAAAGCGAUGGAGAAGAAGCUUUCACUGAAGUGGAAAUACGUGAGCAACAUACUAUCCCAUUAAAACCCUUUUGGACUGGAAGUGCAUAUGAGAAAGAAGUUUUACUAGAUGCUAGCACCCUUGGAGAUGUCCCUGCUGUAUACCGUGUUCCAGCACCAGCUCCUCAUCAAAUGCCUGUCAUCGGAGUGUAUAUUGAUCCUCGAGUCAGAACUGGCUUCAGAUAUAAAAUCAGACCAAUGCAGGCUUUGGAUGCUCCUCCGCUAUCAGUGAAGCCCAGGUAUUUGUUUGGCGGCAAAGCCCUCACUCUCCAAUCUAUUGGGCGUGGUUUUGCAAGAAGAUUUACCUUUGAGCCCGUUGAUUCAACACUAAACGAGAAUACUAACUACUUUUGGUCUGACUCCCGUUCUGAAGGUUUUGUGUUUGAAAUUGAAGCAAUAGCUAUUGGAGACAAGUUCACUAUUUACGACGCUAAUCAUGAACCUCAAGGAACACUGGAGGUUGUUCAGCAACAGAAGAACCAAAUUGAGCUAGAACAGAAAAUUUCUGAAGAUGGCACUAUUGAGAAGAAGGUGAAAGUGAAUACCUUGUGUAAAAUUGAAUGGUAUGAAAAUGAUGACAUAACUAAAUUAGUGCCCGUAACUGGAGUUGCAAUACUAAAAAAAGGCAGAGGAAAUGCAGCGGUCACAAGAGUUGCCAAUGUCGCCAUCGGUAUUAAGCAACUGAAGAAGGGAUAUGAACUCAAGCCUGGCAUCAAAUCGUCCUCAAGGAGAAUCACUGUCAAUGGAAGUGAUAUUAAAGAUAUUCCGUGUCAGUAUUCCAUUGUAGGCCUAGAGAGAUACGAACAUCCUGUCAUAGGAACGUAUAUUGAUCCUCGAAUCGUACCUGGAUUCUUCUACCGUGUGAGACCAGCCAACAGCCGACACCAUCUGUUCGAAGGCCGAAGCUUGUUAUUGCAAUCUAUUGGAAUGGGCUACGGCAAACGCAUUACUUUCAAACCCGACACGCUCAAUGCCCCUGAAAACUAUUUUUGGUCUGACUCCCACCCUGAAGGUGUUGGUAUGGAGCCGCGUGCUGUACACCCUGAGAUGAAAUUCACAAUAACAGGAAACGGAGGACUUCUCGGCGAAGCAAUGGUAUUCCGUGCUGACUUGCCGCAAAUUGAGGAGAAAACAGAAUAUGUUGAUGUCCCAGGCAAACGCGGAAAGGCUGUGGAGAAAUAUAUUCAAGUAGACGUUACAUGCCACGUCAAACUGGCUACAACAGGAGGUGGUUCAGUGGAUUCCGAAGUUCAUCUGAUGAAAGUUUCAGGAACAGCACUCGUGCGCAAAGAACCAGGCCAGGCUGCUGCUAAAUUAGUGAAAGUCUUCAACGUCGGUUUGGACUCACAGCUGAAUUUAUUAUUCGCCCACUCACAGACUGAACUAACCUUCCAUCCCCUGCCUUAAACACGUAACAAGAAGCGAAUGGUAUUACAGUACAUGUGGAACUCAUGUUUCUCAGAAAUUGUAAUACCAAAACUUACCUGGCGUGACUGAGGUUCCGUCAAAUGUCAACCGAAAUAAUCACGAGUUUGCAACCAAUAGAAGGGCCAUUUCUAUUAACCGUUGCUACUGGUAUUUUGAUUGCAGAAUCGUUUCGGCUGUGUGCUUGAAUGGUUUCAAUGGAUUGCUGAUAUCCACGAUAAUAUGAUUCGGUACACUUUUUAACAUAUCACAAAAAAUAAAUGACUUUUUAUAUUAUGUUCCUAAUUUAACACAUAUCAGACAGGAGAUAUAGUGCUUUGUUUGAUAAGUGAUUUAUUUUACUGGAAAUAUAUUAAAUACAUUUUAAAAGCAUCGGAGAGAGUAGUAAAAGACUACCGUUUAUAUUAUAUGACUUGUACCAAAUCAUUGACUUCAAAUUAUGUUAUUUCUGACAAAUGUUUAAGUUUAUUCUUAUUUUUUGACUUUCUCGAAUAAUAUGUUUUAAUAAAUAAUUUUGUGUCA